AGAUGGCAUCUAAGUGUAAUUUGGGUUUAUAUUUAGGCUCCGAGGAAUUAUUGUCAGACGGUCUCCAGAGUUUGCGAUCCCGGCACUAUAAUGACAGGGGUCUCGAUUGGUGUGUGCGUAUUGCUGACAUGUUUAGCUGAACUAUCCUUUGGCUACCGUUCUCAGUACAGCUUCAGUUCCUGGUCAUCAAGAGGGAGCCCUGGGUAUGGAUAUAAUUCUAAAGGACGACAACCAGGCUUUGGUGGUUUUGGAAGCUUUGGGAGUCAAAAUGGAGGCAUGUCAAAUUACAGAACUAGUCAGAGGUAUAGCUCAUUAGCUACUGCCUCUGCGCGAUCGUCUUAUUCCAGUAAUGGUGCAAGGGCUUCGGCAGAAGCUUCCGCUUCCGCAUCGGCAUCCGGUAGUUCGGCUUCGGCAUCAUCGAAGGCAUCGGCAGGACAGCCACAAGUGCCAGGUGACAAUGGAAAUGGACGUAAUGGUUAUGAUUCUUCCGCUAGCAUGGUACCCCGUCCAGGCUAUCAAAGACCACCACAGGCAGUGCCUAGACAAGGUACCACUAAAGGAAAUGGAGGCCAACGGUCACCAUUAGAGCAAGAUGCUCAACAAAGACCUCAGUACCCGGAUGUAGCGUCAACCAGUCAACAGUCUAAUGGAAAGGGGGCACAGGGCAGUAGUCCCUACGGCCAAUCUGCAGGAUCAGCAAAUAAUCAACAAAGACUCGCCAAUGGUCAAGCCGGACGGCCCCAGUACCCGAGUGCAGAAUCCGACAAUUCUCCAUCAAGGCGAGAUGCUCCAAUUCCUCAAGCCGCAACCCCCUCGCCGGUAGCAGCAUCACGACCUUGCUCCUCCAGCUCACAGUGUCGUUGCUGUCGAUGGUCAUCAAGCCAACAAGAAACAUCAACAUCAUGUGAUAAACCCAGAUAUGUAAUGGUUGAUGUAACUGUUUGUCUAAGAACACAGAAUGGUCGCUGUCUACAAACAGGCACUGAGCAACGGCAACAACAAAGCGGCACUGAACGCGGUACGUGUUCCUCUACUUUGACAUCUCGACAAUGUGCUUCCUGCUGCCCACAAGUUUCUUUUUCAUUUACUUGUUCACCAGCCCAGCCAUCUUCUCGACCAUCUCCCAAUGGCUAUCCGCGACCUGAAGACAGGCCAGCUGGUGCCUCCGACCGGCAACCUGGUGCCUCCGACCGACAACCUGGUGCCACCGACCGACAACCUGAAGAUGAUAGACGACCUGGUCAAACACAGUAUGGAGGUCAACCAGAUGAUUCUCGACGCCCUGAUUCGACAGGCUACGGGCGGCAACCGGAAGAUACUAGACGCCCUGAUGCGACAAGCUACGGGCGCCAACCGGAGGAUUCCAGACGUCAACCUGAAGUUGACCAACGCCGGCAAGAGGAAGAUAGUCGCAGACAAAGGGAAGAGCGCGAACGGUUAGAAAAACAGCAACUUGAGGCUGAAAUGGAGAGAUACAGACAGGAAUCUGAAAGAAACAGGCAGCAAGAAUCGGAACGACAAGCAGAAUUGGAAAGACAGAGCCGAGAAAAUGAGGUGAUGGAGAGACGACGUCAAGAAGAACAGCGACGACAACAAGCGGCGGAGCGGCAACGGCUAGAAGGCAAUAUGGACAGUCAAAGGGACUACCAACAACGACGUCAAGAAGAACAGGACAGAAUUCGACAACAACAAGAAAAUGAGAGGCGACGUGCACAAGAGGAGGCAGAAUUUGAAAGACUAAGACAAAUGCGAUCGGAACGAGAAAAACAGGCGAGUCAAAAUAAUAGAGGUGGACAACAAGUCGGAUCAAGUCUGUCUGGACAAAACGGGGCACAACCCAGUGGCGCUUCUCGGCCUACAGCUGAUGCAGGGGAGUCAAGUAAACGCGAAUCACAAUACGCCUACUCCUCCAAUACCAAAUCUAGCUCUAGUUCCAGUUCAAAUGUACAACAAAGUGGGAGAGAGACUGUUACAAACCAAAGGGCUCCUGUAGAUUAUGGGCGACGAAAUGGAUACGGUCAAAACGGCGAUAGAUCCAGUUACCAGCCCAGCGCUGAGAUUGAUAGACGAAAUGGAUACGGUCAAAACGGCGGUAGAUCCAGUUACCAACCCGGCUUUGAAUCUGAUAGACGAAAUGGAUACGGUCAAAACGGCGAUAGAUCAAGUUAUCAACCGAGCGCUGAAUCUGGUGGACGAAAUGGAUACGGUCAGAACGGCGCUGCAUCUGGUUCUACAAAUGGAAAUCGUUACCCAACAGGACAAGCUUCGCAGCGUGGAACCCCACAAUGUUGCACUUCUGCUACACCCAGUAGAUCAGGAUGUUGCGUUUCGUUCUCCGUUAACUUUAGACCAAGUUGUUGUUCUUCACAAAAUGGCGAGCCCUCAAUAAAUCAGCCACCAAGUUACCAGCAAAAUGGAAGGAGAUCCCCAAACACCAUGGCAUAUAAUCCAAGUCGAUCACGUAAAGAGAGGUCUCAUCCAGAAAAUCCGAGAGAGCAAUAUGGUCAAAGGGCAGGAUAUCCAAGUCAAUACGCACCCGAGGAGGAAAAGGCUGGAUAUGGAAUUCCCCAGUCAAGUUCCAAGGGUGAAAAAGCAGGAUAUCCAACGCCCGCACCAAGACUAGAAAAGGCGGGAUACCCAAGCCCCCGACCUGCUCCAAGGCAAGAAAAGGCGGGAUAUCCAAGCCCCCGACCUGCACCAAGGCAAGAAAAGGCGGGCUAUCCAAGCCCUCGACCUGCUCCGAGACAAGAGAAAGCGGGAUAUCCAAGUCCCCAACCUGCACCUAGCCAACAAAAGGCUGGAUACCCAAGCCCCCGACCAGAAAAGGCAGGAUAUCCAAGCCCUCGACCUGCCCCUAGACAAGAAAAGGCGGGAUAUCCAAGCCCCCGACCUGCACCAAGGCAAGAAAAAGCGGGAUAUCCAAGCCCUCGACCCGCCCCAAGACAAGAGAAAGCGGGAUAUCCAAGUCCCCAACCGUCACCUAGACAGGAAAAGGCUGGUUAUCCAAGCUCCCAACCAAGAGAAGAAAAGGCGGGUUAUCCAAGUCCCCAACCUUACCCAAGAGGAGAAAAGGCUAGUUAUCCAAGCCCACAACCGGCUCCACGAGAAGAAAAGGCUGGAUACCCAAGUCCCCAACCAAGGGAAGAGAAGGCCGGAUAUCCAAGUCCCCAACCUUACCCAAGAGAAGAAAAGGCUGGUUAUCCAAGCCCACGGCCUGCUCCAAGAGAAGAAAAGGCUGGCUACCCAAGUCCCCAACCAAGGCAAGAAAAGGCCGGAUAUCCAAGUCCCCAACCCUACCCAAGAGAAGAAAAGGCUGGUUAUCCAAGCCCACGGCCUGCUCCAAGAGAAGAAAAGGCUGGCUACCCAAGUCCCCAACCAAGGCAAGAAAAGGCCGGAUAUCCAAGUCCCCAACCCUACCCAAGAGAAGAAAAGGCGGGAUAUCCCAGUCCACAGCCUUACCCUAGAGAAGAAAAAGUUGGUUAUCCAAGUCCCCAACCCUACCCAAGAGAGGAAAAGGCGGGAUAUCCCAGUCCACAGCCUUACCCUAGAGAAGAAAAAGCUGGUUAUCCAAGUCCCCAACCCUACGAAAAAGAAGAAAAGGCUGGAUAUCCAAGUCCCCAACCUUAUCCAAGACAAGAAAAGGCUGGAUAUCCAAGUCCCCAACCUUAUCCAAGACAAGAAAAAGCUGGCUAUCCAAGUCCACAACCUGCUCCACGGGAAGUAAAGGCUGGUUAUCCAAGCUCCCAACCUUAUCCAAGACAAGAAAAGGCGGGAUAUCCAAGUCCCCAACCAAGGGAAGAAAAGGCUGGAUAUCCAAGUCCACAACCUGCUCCAAGUCAACAGAAAGCAGGAUAUCCGAGUCCACAGCCUGCAUCAGAAAAGGCUGGAUAUCCAAGUGCUAGUUCUUCAUAUGGAAAUGGUUACCCAAGUUCCCAGUAUGGAAAUGGUUACCCAAGAUCCCAGUCAGGAAAUGGCUACCCAAGAUCCCAGUCUGGAAAUGGUUACCCGAGUUCCAAUGGUUACCCAAGUUCUCAGUAUGGUAAUGGUUACCCAAGUUCCCAGUAUGGAAAUGGUUACCCAAGUUCCCAGUCUGGAAAUGGUUACCCAAGUUCCCAGUAUGGAAAUGGUUAUCCUAGUUCACAAAGCGGGAGAGAAAGGUCUGGGUAUCCAAGUUCUAGCUCAUAUGGAAAUGGUUAUCCUAGUGUCAGUUCACAGUAUGCAAAUGGAGGUCAAAGGACUGGAUAUCCAAGUUCCGGUUCUCAAUAUCAAAACGGAGCCCAAAAGGCUGGAUAUCCAAGUCCCAGCUCCCAAUAUCAAAACGGGGGACAAAAGGCUGGAUAUCCAAGUGCCAGUUCUCCAUAUGCCAAUGGCGGGCAACAGGCUGGAUACCCGAGUUCCUCAUCUGAUAAUGGAAACAGGGGACCCAGUUCCUUAGGUGCAAAUGGAGAGCGAAGUUCAAGUUCAAUUUAUGGAAAUAGAUAUCCGAGUCCUAGUUCACAAUAUGCAAACGGAGGACAAAAUGGAGGACAAAAGGCUGGAUAUCCAAGCCCCAGUCAAAGUGGUGGACAAAAGGCUGGAUACCCAAGCCCCAGUCAAAAUGGAGGACAAAGGGCUGGAUACCCAAGUCCCAGUUCACAGUAUCAAAACGGGGGACAAAACGCGGGAUAUCCAAGUCCGAGCUCCCCAUAUCAAAACGGAGGACAAAAAGCUGGGUAUCCAAGCCCCAGUCAAAACGGGGGACAAAAAGCUGGAUAUCCAAGUCCAAGUUCCGAAUAUCAAAACGGAGGACAAAAAGCUGGGUAUCCAAGCCCCAGUCAAAACGGGGGACAAAAAGCUGGAUAUCCAAGUCCAAGUUCCGAAUAUCAAAACGGGGAACAAAAGGCUGGAUACCCAAGUCCCAGUCAAAAGGCUGGAUAUCCAAGUCCCAGUCGAAACGGAGGAGAAAAGGCUGGAUAUCCAAGCCCCAGUUCACAAUAUCAGAACGGAGGACAGAAUGGCGGAUACCCAUCCCUAAAUUCACAAUAUCCAAGUCGAAGCUCGCCAUAUUCCGGUGGACAGAACGGGGGAUACCAAAGUUCCCAGUCCUCCAGUUCAUCCUAUAGAAAUGGGGCGCAACAAUCUCGGUAUUCUAGCAGCCAACAAAGCUCUCGGUAUUCUAAUGGAGGAUAUCAAAGUUCGCGAAAUGGAAAUGGGGGUGCUUCCCAAACUUAUCCAAGUCAGCAGUAUGGAAAUGGAGGACAACAGUCUUCGGUCGCGUCUUCUUCGUAUUCAAAUUGUUGUGCUUCAUCAUCUCGGGUGCGUGACAGUUGUUGUGGAUCGACGAGGAUGAUGGGUCUAUCUGCGAGUUGCUGUUCCACGUCCAAUGGCGGUAUGACCACCAGACCCAACUGUUGUUCGCCAUCGGCUUCUAUGACAAUGUCCUGUUGUUCCAGUUCUGGCUUCGGUGGAAACUGCUGUUCGAGAUCCAGUCAAGGAUCCAGGUCCAGAUCGUGUUGUGGUUGAUAGACAAAGACGUUAUUAAUUCUACUAGCUUUUUACCAUUAAUUUAACUGUUGUCAUGUACAUGUAUGUUUGUAUGAAAGCCCAUGAUUAUGUGAAGGGUAUCAUUCUUUCCCUGACAAUUUUUAUUUUUAUAUAAUUAUUAUUAUUAAUAUAUACUUCUAUUUGUUAAAAUGGAGACGGUUUUGUAAUUAUACGUAU